AUGAACUUGUUCAGCCAUGAUGAAAUUAAUUUAUUGGAGGUAUCCUAAUAGAGGAUUGCUAGGCCGCAUAAGAUGGAAAGUUAGAGUUCAUAAACAAUCAGUUAACAUCAUUGACAUCUAGACAAUUAUAAUAAGCUUGUAAGAAAACAGAUUAUUAUGGAAGAAAUGCAUUACAUUAUGUACAUGAACUACUAUAUUAGGCUGCAUAUCGAGGACAUUACAAAGUAGUUGAAUAUUUUCUUGAUUUAUAAUGCAUAAAUAUUAACUCAUAAGAUAAAAAAGGUAAAUUUUCAUAAACUAUUAUUGAGGUAAUACAGCUUUAAUGCUUGCCUGUGUUCGCGGGUAUAAUUCAGAAAUAAACACUUUAAAGGAAGGUUAGAAAUUUGCUAUAUGUUCUUUAUUGAUUGAAAGAGGAGCAUCAGUGGAAAAUUAUAAGAAAUAAGGAAUAAAUAAUCCAUUACAUUGGGCUUGUUUCUUUGGAGAUUUAAAAACAACUAAAUUAUUAAUGUACAUAGAGCCAAGUUUAAGUAAUUAUAUUAAUGAUGAUAUUAUAGUGUUGUUUACUAAUGAUAAGGAUUAAUUUCCAAUUGAUUUAUCUCUUAUGACAGGAAAAGAGUUAGAUGAUAGAGAAGAGGAUGAAAGAGUGUUGGAAUAUAUGAUAAUGAAGUUCUUGGCUCAAUAUCUUGAUAAUGAAGAACAUAGAAAAAAAUUAGAUUCUUCUGAUGUAGAUUAUGAAACAUUUAGAAAUUUACAUAAACAUAAACUGAAUCUUAAAUCGACUAAAUAAUUGACUUAGGUUGGUCUUAGAUAUUUAUUUUGGGCAAGUACUUAGGGUAGAUUAGAUCUUGUAAGACCUUUAUUAAAAUGUAAGUAUUCACCUUUUGAUCCAUCUUAUAAAGGUAGAAAUGCUCUUCAUGCUGCUGUUUAUCAUAAUAAAUUAGAAUUAGUUGUAUUCUAUUUGGAAUCUGAUGAAUCUAGGAUAUUUCGAAAAGAUAAUUUAAUCAAUCUUAUGACAAAAGAUAAACCUUAAACUGCUUUACAUAUAGCGGUUGAAAGAGGUCAUGUAGAAAUUGCUAAGAUAUUAAUUAAGAAAGGAGCUGAUCCCAAUUAUUAUAAUUUUCGAAAUCAUAGAGCUUUUGAUUAAUCUAGAUUAAAUGAAAUAAAAUAAUUAAAGAGAGAACUCUUUCAUAAUGAUGAAAAAAACUAUCUAAGAUCAGGAUACAAUCAUAUUUUAGUUGGUUGGCAGAAGAGUAAAAAUUAAUUAUUGGAAUAAUAAUUUAAUAAUAUAUAAGUUAAAAAGAAUGUUGAAAAAGGGCAGUUUAAGUAUAUCUUUUAUGAAUCUAUUGAUAAACAAUUUACAUAUUAUUGCUUAAAAAUUGAUGAAAGACUUAAAAAUGUAAUUGCUGAUUAAAAUAAGAUGAUGAUAUAUAAUUCAAGGGAAGGAUAUCUUUCUCCUUUUAAUUUAAAUAUCUAAGAAGAGUUUGAAAACUUUCAUCAUAUCCAUAAUUAAUAGAUCCUUCUUACUUUAUUAUAUGAUGAAUUUGAUAUAGAAUAAUUUAUAAGUGAUGGAUUACUUUUAGAACAGUUUCCUUUGCAUGAUGUAGAAGAAAAAGAAUUAAUCAUUAAAUUUUGGAAAAAUGAAAGAAUAAAUAUUUUAUUUGAACCAUUUCAAUUAAAAAAAUCUACUAGUCGUACUUUUAGUACCUUAUCAACCUAUUUUGGACCAGAAGUUGGAAUGUUUUUUGUAUUUUUAUGUUUUUUUUCAACUUGGUUAUUUUUGCCAGCUAUUCCAGGAUUAAUCUUAGGGAUCAUUUAAUUUUUUGAUGAAGAAGCUAUUUUAGCAAUUGCUCCAAUAUAUACUUUAUGUAUGGCUGUUUGGGCAACCAUAUUUUUUGAAUUUUGGAAGAGAAAAUAAAGUGAAACUAUGUAUAAUUUUGAUAUGCAUGUGGCAAAGGAAUAAAGAAGAAAUAUCCCAUAAUUUAAAGGAUCCUUUAUCAUAGAAGAUGUAACACAUACAAUAGAAAUAAUGGACACUAGAAAUGUAUAAUGGAAAUACUUUAAAUCUAAUACUCCUUUAGUUAUUUUAGCAUUGAUCUUUAUUUCUGGAUAAUAGACUGGAUAUUAUUAUCUUAAACAGAUUUAUUAGGAUGAUGAUGUUUAUUAAACUCUAUGGGCUUGUCUUUUAGCAUUAACAGUUUUAAUAACAAAUGAAAUUUUCAAUUUCUUUUCCAAACACACUCUAAUUUAUGAGAAUCAUCAAUUCUAAGAUGAAAGAGAAAAUGUUUAUAUUUUAAAAGUAUUUGCUUUCACUUUUCUAAAUUCUUUUGGUAGACUUUUUUAUAGAAGUAUAAUAAAACCUGAUAAAGAUGAGUUACAUCUAUUUAGUAUCUCCUUUACUAUAACAUGGUCUGUUGUUCAUCUUAUUAGGUAUACUAUUUAUCCAUGGAUAUCCUUUACUUUCAUUAAAUUAAAAUUCAAUAGGGACUUCAAUAAAUAAAAAUAAUUAAACAGUAAUAAAUAAACCACUAUUUAAUAAAAAAUAGGAGAUACUGAAACUAGUGGAAUGAAUAAAUCAUUUGAUAAGGGAAUAUCUUCUUCUCAAUAUUUUCUUUAGUAAAUUGAAUUAAAUAAAAGAAUGAUAGACCCACCAGAUUAUGUUGAAUAAUUCACUUAUUUUGUAAUUAUAUAUAAAAUAUAUAAUUAGAUGACUUAAUUUUGUAUGGUUACUAUGUUUAGUGCAGGUUCCUAAAUUAUACCAAUUAUUGUUUUGUUUUUUAAUCUACUCAAUAUUGAAGGAUUGUUGUAUGGUUAUAGAAAAUUCGUCAAAAGACCUUUAGCAGAACCAAAAAAAAAUAUAGGAGUUUGGAAUGACAUCUUAUAACUUGUUGGUUAUAUUGGUAUAGUUACAAAUUGUUUAACUAUUUAUCAAGCAAAUUAAUAAUAGUUAAAUUAAUUAAUCGGAGCUGAUGAAAGUUCUAAUUAAGAUUAAACUAAUGUAAUUUAUUACUAAUAUUAGUUUGGAUUGAGAAAUUUUUUGUUAUUAAUUGUUGCUGAACACAUAGUUAUUGGAAUAAAGUUUGUUAUAGAAGGAGUUAUUCCAGAUGAGCCAGAAUGGGUUGAAUUAGUUUUGAAAAAAGAAGAAUAUCUUUCAGAAUAAAAUAAAUCAAAUAUUAAAAAGAAUGAUUAAUAUAUUAAACCACUAGAAAAUAAAAUUAAAUAGGAUUGA